AUGUUUAACUGGGAAAUCAGGAAGUUGCGAGUAGUUGAAAUGAUCAAAGAAACCAACCCAGAUAUAAUAGCAUUCCAAGAAGUUCGUAUGGAUGCAGUAGGUGUACGAAGUCAACUGCUUGAACUUCAAGAUAUGUUAGCAGACUAUCACUGGAUGGUAGUACAACCUGCCAAUGAAGUACAGAAGAUGAAGCAUACCUAUUGGAAAGGAUGGGAACGUGAAGGUAUUGGCAUGUUAAGCAAAUUGGCCAUUAUUAAGUCAACUACAAUCAGCAUUCCCUACAUGAGUGGGCCUGACACUAACCAAAGAAUUGCUCUACAUGCUAUCAUUGGAGAAGAAGAAGAAACUGCUGUCAAUGUACUCACUGUCCAUUUUUCUUAUGAUCGACAACAGCAAUGUAAUAAUGCUGCUCGAAUUAUGAACUACAUAUCAGAGAAGCAUCUUGACAAUGUAAUACUGCUUGGAGAUUUCAACACUUACUCAGAUUUUGAAUGGCCUCUUCGGAUAUUCACAGACAAAAGUCUUAAACCAGUGAAUUUGUGCUAUGAUAUGGUGAUGCCUGAAGCAAAGCGCCCUAAAAUCAUUUUUUCAGAUGUUUGGCAAUCUAAGCCAAAACAAACAGCUUCAGGAUUAACAUUUAGCAACAUGCCCACUCCAGGAUACGAAAGCCGUCCUGAUCGGAUCCUUGUCUCAAAGCAUUUCCAGAUUGUCUCCUCCAGUUUACUAGGAAAUGGCAUUAUUUACAGAGAGAAAUUCAAGUACAACAUUUACUGGAAUCGUCUCAGAUUGGUGAUUUCGAGUUCCUAUAACUCCUUCCGUGGUAUCUACGGCUACAGCUGCAUUCAAGACUGUGGCCCUCGUGGUUCUUGCCGCUGUGGGUUUAGAGUCUUGCAGCGUCUCUUCCCUUUCAUUAAAUCUCCAAUGCCCUGCUUGCUGUUUUGUUUCUUCAUCAACCUCAUCUUUCUUACAUUAGCUUCCUACAUUUUUUCUUCUUCUCUCUAUACAGUCUUUCAGGUGAUGGCAGAGGAGUUCUAUCCUUCCGAUCAUUUAAUGUUGACAUCUAAACUGGAAUUGAAGUCUCACUAA